AUGUCCAGGGCAUAUCGUAGUCUAGAAAUCGACAGCUACACGCACCCCUGGUCAGUAUACCAAGUGAGCACCGGUUCCAGUCCCGAACUGUACCGCGUCUCGCACGAGAUUCAGGAUGAGCUGCAGUAUGGAAUCAUCACGCCGGCCCAAUCCAGAGCAUUACGCGCAACACUCGCGCGCAUCGAGCUCGUCCUCGAAACAAGAGAGGAAGCACUCAGAUCGCGGCCCCUGAUCAAUUUCGAAGCGCCACCACCACGCGUUUCGCCCGUCCUCGCACCCAGGUCAGAACCUCCACCGCAGUACGUUGUCGAGACACGAGCUCCGCAGAGAGAAAUCGUUACUGUUGCACAGCCGACUGCGCGGUCGGUCGUCGUGACGCGCGGAGAGGGCCCCAUGCAUAUCAUCAGGUACAAUGAGUAUGGUGUUUUGGUCGAGGACCGUGAUGAGACUGAGGAGGAAAGGGAGGAGAGGGAGUAUCAGGAGUGGAAGAGGGCGAAUCAGCUAUAG